AUGAAUGGCGCCCGGGUCGUGCCGCGCAGGACAGGCGACACCAAGUCGACGGGCGAUUUCGGUCGGGCGAUUUUCAGGACGAAAGACAUCAUCUUCAACGUGCGUUACUCCGUGCACGUCACGCAGCGCGGCAAGGCCGCAUUCCCCACACUUGCCACCGUGAACGUCGGCAGCCACGGCACCAACGGCGCGGUUCAGAUCAAGUUCCCUACAAACUGGCGGAACAAAACGGACAACUCGCAGCCCGUGCGCGGCACGAAGGUCUACAAAUACGUUGUGGCGGGGGAGUGGAGGAACGCGUCGGGCAUCACAGUGGCGUCGGGGAAGACUCUGGAGAAGGAGAUGCGGGCUAUUCUCAAGAAGCCCAACGCUUACUAUGCGCUAGUCACAUCCCCCUUGCACCCCAACGGCGCCAUUUGUGGGCAGAUUUAUCGCAGCUGA